AUGAGUAAAAUUCCUUUAAAAGUAGACACUGGGAAAGGUUUCGCACUUCACGGUACAUUAUACCUGAAAUCUGAUGCUCAAAGCGAUGCUGUAAUUAUAAUAUGUCAUGGCCUUAGAGGUUCAAGGUACGCAGAACCCGUCCGAUAUAUUGCUGAAACUUUAAAAUAUCACGUAGUUUCCUUUGAUUUUCAAGGAAAUGGUGAAAGUGGUGGAUCAACAACUAUUGGAAAUCUUGACGAAGAAGCGGAAAACCUUCAUUGUGUUAUUUCUUACGUACGUUCAACAUUGGAACGCGGAAUCCUUGGCAUAUGUGGUCAUAGUAAAGGUGCUGCUGUUGUCCUUCUAUAUGCGUCAAAAUACAACGAUGUUCCAUUGGUCAUCAACAUUGCCGCUAGAUAUGAUUAUGCAAGCCCUGACUAUGUUCAAAUAUUCUUCUCUGAUAAGCUUGAAAAAUUGAAAAAAGAUGGUUAUUUUGUUUUGAGUAGUGGAUUAAGGGAUUAUAUUGUUCGGGAAAAAGAUUUGAGAGAGAGAGAGAAAAUAGACAUGUCUUGCGUAAAAAAUAUUAAUAAGGAAAAAGUGAGAGUUUUGACUAUUCAUGGCUCGAAUGAUGAAAUUUGUCCCGUUGAUGGUGCUUACAUCUACGACAAAUUAAUCGGCCCUGAACCUCACCAUAAACUUAUAGUAAUGGAAGGUGCUAACCAUUCAUUUAAUGAACGAGAAGAUGAGUUAUUAAAGACUGUGGAAUCUUGGCUUUUCGAGAACCAAUCUUGGUCUUUAGACAAAAGAAUUUCCCAUGAAUAA